UGUGGUCGUAACCCACGUGUCGGUGCGCGAGUCAGCGUUUUCCGACAGACAGCUACUGUUCCCGUCUUCGUGUUCCGCGCGAGAGACACGCUGGCCGGACGCAAUGGGGGCAUUUUGAAGAGAUGAAGUGCGCAGAAAGAUGUGUGUAGCUCAUGCAAAAAAAGGGGAGAAGGGAGCAAGUUUUACUGGAAAGAACAGUUAUCUACACAUCAGCUGUAGCUAUGGACGAACAGGCACUUUUGGGUCUUAACCCAAAUGCCGAUGCCAGCUUUAGACAAAGAGCACUGGCAUAUUUUGAAGAACUAAAGAUCUCUCAAGAUGCUUGGCAGGGGUGUGCAGAAGCACUGGCUAAGGGCUUAUACAGUGAUGAUCAUGUGAAGUUUUUCUGCUUUCAAGUUUUGGAACAUCAAAUCAAAUUUAAAUACCCUGAAUUGACAGCAGGUCAGCAUCAACUUGUCAGAGAGACCUUAAUGACAUGGCUGCAGGCACAGUUGAUCAGUGUGCAGCCUGAAAAAACCUUCAUUCGCAACAAAGCAGCUCAGGUUUUUGCGUUGGUGUUUAUUACUGAAUACUUAACUAAAUGGCCCAAGUUCUUCUUUGAUAUUCUGUCAGUGGCUGGUCUGAAUCCUCGAGGUGUGGAUCUCUACUUAAGAAUUUUGAUGGCCAUAGAUGCUGAAGUAGUUGACAGGGAUAUUGUUCAUUCAUCAGAGGAGACACGUAGAAACACUCUUAUCAAAGACACCAUGAGAGAACAAUGCAUUCCGAAUCUUGUGGAGUCUUGGUACCAGAUCUUGCACACUUACCAGCAUUCAAAUUCUGAGCUGACAUGUCAGUGCCUAGAGGUGGUUGGAGCCUUUGUCUCUUGGAUUGAUCUAAAUCUUAUUGCCAAUGAAAGGUUUGUGAAUAUGCUGCUAAGUCAUAUGUCGGUGGAGGUUCUUCGAGAAGAAGCAUGUGACUGUCUGUUGGAGAUUAUCAACAAAGGCAUGGAUCCUGUUGAUAAAACUAAGCUAGUGGAGUCAUUAUGUCAGGUGCUACAGACAGCAGGUUUCUUCAAUAUUGAACAGGAAGAAGAUGUGGAUUUUCUGGCCAGGUUUUCAAAGUUAGUAAAUGGAAUGGGCCAGUCACUCGUAAUCAGCUGGACAAAACUAGUGAAACUGGGAGAUAUGAAGAAUGCACAGGAGACUCUCCAGGCUAUCCAAGCUAAAGUGCCCCUAAUGCUGCAACUUUUAGUCCAUGAAGAUGAUGACAUCUCAUUAAAUAUCAUUGGAUUUUGUUAUGACUAUUUACAUGUUUUAAAACAGCUCUCUGUGCUCACAGAUCAACAGAAAACUAAUGUUGAGGCUAUCAUGUUGGCUGUCAUGAAGAAGCUGACAUAUGAUGAUGAAUACAAUUUUGAAAAUGAGGGUGAAGAUGAAGCAAUGUUUGUAGAAUACAGAAAACAGUUAAAACUUCUGUUAGACAGAAUAGCCCAGGUGUCUCCGGAGCUCCUGUUAGAAGCUGUGUGUAGAGUCUUCAAUGCUACAGUACAGAACUGGCAAAGUCUGCCAUUUAUGGAGGUAGAAGUAGCAAUACGGCUUCUUUAUAUGCUUGGUGAGGCUCUUCCUUCAACUCAUGGCGCACAUUUUUCUGGAGAUGUUACCAAAGCCACUGCCUUACAGGAAAUGAUGAGACUGCUGGUAAACUCUGGUGUGAGCGAGUAUCAGCAUACCUCUGUGACCUUGGAAUUCUUUGAAACUGUAGUACGUUAUGACAAGUAUUUCAUUGUGGAGCCUCAGCACAUUCCAAACGUUUUGAUGGCCUUUUUAGAUCAUCGUGGCUUAAGGCACACCAGUCCGAAAGUCAGAAGCAGGACCUCUUAUUUGUUCUCUCGAUUUGUGAAGUCAUUGCAUAAGUUUAUGAAUGCCUAUAUUGAAGAUAUCUUAAAUAGACUACAAGACCUGCUGGAACUUUCUCCUCCUGAGAAUGGUUUACCAGCAUUGCUGACAAGGGAUGAUCAGCUCUUCAUUUUUGAAGCGGCUGGAGUGCUGAUAGUUAACAGUGAGUACCCUGCUGAAAGGAAACAGGCUCUGAUGAGAAAUUUAUUGGCACCACUCAUGGAUAACUUCAAAAUUCUGCUGAAUAAAUUGUUGGGAGAGCAAGAUGAAGAAAGACAGGCCACUUUGGCAGACUGCUUGAACCAUGCUGUGGGCUUUGCCAGUCGAACUAGUAAGGCAUUCAGCAACAAGCAGACAGUGAGACAGUGUGGAUGCUCAGAGGUUUAUCUCGACUGUCUUCGGACUUUCCUUCCAGCAUUAAGCUGUCACCUACAGAAAGAGGUCCUAAGAAGUGGCAUUCGCACUUUCCUGCACCGAAUGAUUAUAUGCCUAGAAGAGGAAGUGCUGCCUUUUAUUCCGACAGCAUCUGAGCACAUGCUCAAAGACUGUGAAGCCAAGGAUCUACAAGAAUUCAUUCCUCUAAUUAACCAAAUUACUGCCAAAUUUAAGACACAGGUCUCACCCUUCCUUCAGCAGAUUUUCAUGCCACUUGUUCAGGCAAUAUUUGAGAUGUUAUCACGUCCAGCAGAAGAGAAUGACCAAACUGCAGCAAUGGACAAACAAAUGUUACGUCGAAGCUACUUUGCUUUCUUACAAACGGUUGCUGGCAGUGGAAUGAAUGAAGUCAUAGGAAAUCAAGGAGUUGAAAAUAUUGAACGAAUUGUGUUUACCAUCAUCCAAGGGGCUGUUGAUUUUCCAGAUCCAAUUGCUCAGAAGACGUGUUUCAUUAUUCUUUCCAAACUAGUUGAGCUUUGGGGAGGAAAAGACGGUUUGGUUGGCUUUGCAGAUUUCACCUACAAACACAUUGUUCCAGCCUGCUUCAUGGCACCUCUAAAGCCUACAUUCGAUCUGUCAGAUGCUCAGACAGUAUUGGCUCUUUCAGAAUGUGCAGUAACACUGAAAACAAUUCAUCUAAAAAGGGGACCAGAAUGUAUUCAGUACCUUCAGCAAGAAUACCUGCCAUCUUUGCAAGUAGCUCCUGAGAUCAUUCAGGAAUUUUGCCAAGCACUUCAACAACCUGAUUCAAAAGUUUUUAAAAAUUACUUAAAGGUAUUCUUUCAGCGAGCAAAAGUCUAAAGAGCAGCUUCCUACACUGCGUAAGUGAAGAAGACGACUGAACACAAGUGCCAUUUAGAAGCUGGACCUGCUCUUGCUCUUAUGAGGUUAUAGUGUUAAGACCAUGCUUUUUGAGGUGUUCUGCCGCACUGACUGCUGGGGAACUGUGCCUGAACAGUUCAAGCCUUGUUUUUCUACAAAUUCUUCUCAAGUUGAUCAGUUCAGAGAGUAGAGCACAUAUUUUUCUAUAAACGUGAUUCUAAAUGAAGCAGAGAAUGAAUUGAGAGAAGUAUUCCAAAUUAAAAAAAAAAAAAAAAAAAAAA